CUCUACUGUUUCUCCCGAUUCAACCGUCUUCCAAGUCGAAGCCCUGCGACUGGGACGGUGGUUUCCUCUCCGCCUCCUCCAAGAUCCCGUCCAGUGCUCCUUUCUGCUUCAGAUCUCCGUCUCCUCCUCCCCAAUCCCCCCCUCCUCUACCUCGUCUUCUUCGAUCUGCCGCUGGGGUUUGGAUUCCAACCCCAGAUCCGGAUCUCGUCGCGGCGGCCGAUCGGAGUCCCUUCCGGACCCCGCCUCGGCAUCUGCCAGUCUCAGUUAGGGGUUGACCCGCGUUAGCUGUCGAGAUCCGUGUCUUGCCGCCCCCGAUGGAGGCGUUGGAGGAAUUGAGCGAGCUCGCGGACGCGAUGAUGCAGGCCUCUGCCCUCCUCGCCGAUGAGGACGUCGAUGAGGGGUCGACCAAGAGGCGGACGUCCACGUUCCUCAACGUCGUCGCUCUCGGCAAUGUUGGGGCUGGUAAAUCAGCAGUGUUGAACAGCUUAAUCGGACACCCGGUCCUGCCAACUGGAGAGAAUGGCGCGACUCGCGCCCCUAUCAGUAUUGAUCUGCAAAGGGAUAGUUCACUGAGUAGUAAAUCAAUUGUCUUGCAAAUAGACAGCAAAUCUCAACAAGUCUCUGCGAGUGCCCUUAGGCACUCUCUUCAGGACAGACUAAGUAAGGGAACUGGAGUUCAAGGUUCAGGAAAGGGCCGUGCAGAUGAGAUAUAUCUGAAGCUCCGUACUAGUACAGCUCCGUCUUUAAAAUUAAUUGAUCUUCCAGGUUUAGACCAGAGGUUAAUGGAUGAUUCUAUUGUCAGUGAUUAUGGUGCACGCAAUGAUGCAAUAUUGCUACUUAUAGUGCCAGCUGCUCUGGCACCUGAAAUCUCUUCUUAUCGAGCUCUUAGACUGGCUAAGGAAUUUGAUUCAGAAGGAAGUAGAACCAUUGGUAUUAUCAGCAAGAUCGAUCAAGCUGCUGGGGACCAGAAAUGUCUUGCAGCAGUUCAAGCUCUUCUUUUGUCUCAGGGGCCACCCUCUACUGCUGAUAUUCCAUGGGUUGCUCUGAUCGGUCAAUCUGUUUCUAUUGCUUCAGCACAAGCUGGUUCUGUUGGAUCUGAAAAUUCACUUGAAACAGCAUGGAGAGCUGAGACUGAGAGUCUUAAAACUAUACUUACUGGUGCUCCACAAAGUAAGCUUGGAAGAGUAGCAUUAGUUGAUGCACUUUCCAAGCAAAUUCGCAGUAGAAUGAAGCUGAGAUUGCCAAAUCUUCUUUCAGGAUUACAAGGUAAGUCACAGAUUGUGCAGGAUGAGUUGUUUAGACUUGGUGAACAAAUGGUGGAGAGUGCGGAAGGCACCAGAGCUAUUGCCUUGGAGCUUUGUCGAGAAUUUGAAGACAAGUUUUUGCAACAUGUUGCGACUGGUGAGGGUUCAGGUUGGAAAGUUGUUGCAACAUUUGAAGGGAACUUUCCUAACAGAAUAAAACAACUUCCACUGGAUCGACAUUUUGAUAUCAACAAUGUCAAAAGAAUUGUGUUGGAGGCUGAUGGUUAUCAGCCAUACUUGAUAUCUCCUGAAAAAGGUUUGCGAUCUUUGAUAAAGGGAGUACUGGAAUUAGCAAAAGAACCAUCACGCCUUUGUGUUGAUGAGGUCCACCGCGUUCUGUUGGAUAUAGUUUCUGCUUCAGCAAAUGGUACACCUGGACUAGGUCGAUAUCCUCCUUUUAAAAGAGAGGUGAUUGCUAUUGCAUCAACUGCAUUAGAGAACUUCAGAAAUGAGGCCAAAAAGAUGGUGGUUGCAUUAGUUGAUAUGGAGCGUGCAUUUGUUCCUCCGCAACAUUUCAUUCGUCUAGUUCAGCGGAGAAUGGAGAGGCAGCGUAAGGAGGAUGAGCUGAAGAAUCGAUCAUCAAAGAAAGCAAAUGAAGCAGAGCAAGCCAUCUUGAAUAGAGCAUCAAGCCCUCAACAAGGAGCUCAAGGUGGUAGCUUGAAAUCAAUGAAAGAUAAAUCUAAUCAACAAGACAAAGAAACCAAAGAGGGUUCCACAUCCACCUUGCAGGUUGCUGGACCUUCUGGAGAAAUAACAGCAGGAUUCUUACUGAAGAAAAGUGCCAAAACAAAUGGCUGGAGCAAGCGAUGGUUUGUCCUCAAUGAGAAAAGUGGAAAGCUUGGAUACACAAAAAAGCAGGAGGAGAAGCAUUUUCACGGGGUUAUCACUUUGGAGGAAUGUAACCUUGAGGAGGUUCCAGAUGAGGAAGAUCCUCCCAAAAGUUCGAAGGACUCCAAAAAAGCAAAUGGAGCAGAAAAAAGCCCAACCCUUGUCUUUAAGAUAACUAGUAAAGUUGCAUAUAAAACUGUUUUAAAAGCUCAUAGUGCUGUGAUUUUAAAGGCUGAGAACUUGGCUGAGAAAGUUGAGUGGAUGAAUAAGAUAGGAAAUAUCACUGGCUCUUCAAAAGUUACUUCCUCAAAGGGUGCACCUGAAUCUGGAGUUACACCAAUGAGACAAAGUCAUUCUGAUGGUUCACUUGACACAAUGGUUAGAAGGCCAGCUGAUCCUGAAGAAGAACUUCGUUGGAUGUCCCAAGAAGUUCGAGGUUAUGUAGAGGCUGUAUUGAACAGUCUUGCUGCUAAUGUACCAAAGGCAGUUGUGCUAUGUCAAGUUGAGAAAGCUAAGGAAGAUAUGUUGAAUCAGCUAUAUAGCUCAGUAAGUGCUCAAAGCAACGCGAAGAUUACAGAACUACUCCAGGAAGACCAAAAUGUGAAGCGUAGAAGAGAAAGGAUUCAAAAGCAAUCAUCUCUCCUCUCGAAACUUACACGUCAACUAAGCAUCCAUGACAACAGAGCAGCUGCUGCUAGCUGGUCUGAUGGUAGCUCGGCUGCAGAAAGUAGCCCAAGGACCAAUGGUACCGGUGAGGAUUGGAGAUCAGCAUUUGAUGCUGCGGCCAAUGGAUCGAUAGACAGCUCACACACUGACUCAUCAUCUAGGUCCAGAAGCAGCAGCAGCCGGCGGCAUGGCACCCCAACCCAGAAUGGCGAUGCAAGUUCAGGAGCAAACUCUGGUAGUCGUCGUACCCCAAACAGGUUGCCACCUGCACCACCGCAAAAUAGUUCAGCUGGAUACAAAUACUAGAGUCGGAUGUCGUUAAGUAUUCCUCUGUUACUUGAUGAAUGCAACAUCUUGCAAUAUAUAUAUUCGGAGUGGAUUCGAGGCGCAGAGGAACAAAGUGGAGCUAUAGAAUUAAUCCCCCAUUUGUCGACAAAUUGAUUUCUAUAUUCAUAAGCCUAUAUAUAAGUAUUGUACGUGUGGAAGGGGAUCAAUAUACUGCAUGGAUUUAGUGAGAUUACCUUUUAUUUGUGAUAUCAUUUCCUCUUCAUCAACUUGUUGAUUUGUAACAAUUGGUUUUUGCCGGUUGGAGAUCAUUCACACAUUUCAUUGUAUUUAGAAACAUCCUUGUAUGUAAAUUGUUGUCCACCUAGGUGUGUCUUCUCUC